GAACUUAGUGUCUGCUGCGUGUCACCCUGUCACCUCCAUCGCCACCUCCUCACGUGGGUCUGCAGCUCUCUUCCCCGUGAGAGUCCAGCUCCCCCAGGGCCCUAGCCCCUUGCCCUCCCUUGCCCAGUAUCCAGCGUCCCUGGGACAGACCCCGUUGCAGCUGCCGUAGCCACCCCCUGCAGCCCUUCACUCAGCAGCCACCUCCUCAGGGCCAGCGAGAUGCAGUUUGAGAUGCACGACAACGUGAAAGGCAAAGCCAUGUCCUAUCCAGUGACCAGUCAGCCUCAGUGUGCCAAUACCUGCUACCAGACACAGCUCAGCGAUUGGCACACGGGCCUCACCGACUGCUGCAACGACAUGCCCGUCUGUCUGUGCGGCACUUUCGCUCCACUGUGCCUCGCCUGCCGCAUCUCUGACGACUUCGGGGAGUGCUGUUGUGCACCGUACCUGCCUGGAGGCUUGCACUCUCUGCGCACGGGCAUGCGGGAGCGCUACCACAUCCAGGGCUCCGUCGGGCACGAUUGGGCUACCCUCACCUUUUGCCUCCCCUGCGCCCUCUGUCAGAUGGCGCGGGAACUGAAGAUCCGCGAGUAAGAACGUCCUCUCCCCUCUCCCGAGUACCUGGCCACGCCUGGCCUCUCAGGAGAUGGGAGGGGGCACUCCUUGGAAAGCCUGUCCCACUGCCCUUUGCCACCGCCAAAAAGUACACCCACAAUAAAAACCGGAAAACCA